AUGUCGAUUAGUGAAGAUGAGUUCAUGAGAGUUCAGCAAGAGUUAAUUCGUCUGAAAGAGGAAAAACAUAACCUUAAUGAACAGUUAAAAUCAGUUUCAAACACAAGCCAGACAUUUCUUCAGUCUCUUUUCUCAGGAAGUGAUGCAUCAAUGAUUGAACGCUUACAAAAAGAAGAAAACGAGCUUAAAGCAACACUUGCCAAGCUUAGAGAGCAAAUAUCUACAUUAAAUGAACAAUGCCGUGGCGUUGAUCAAGCUAUUUUAAAUGUUGACCAAGUUGCGGCUAUUGAAAGCCUUUUCCAGACAAAAAAGCGCGAACUAUUACGUAUGCGUUCUCUUAAUGAAACUGCAUUAAAGGAUUUAGAAGAAGAAGUCGAAUUAGCGAAAAAUCUUUGCGAUUCACUCGAAAACGGUCGAGCAUCAUUUGCCCGUGAAAAAGAAAAUAUAUUUAACUCAAUAGUAUCAUUACAGACAUCGAAACAAACAAUUGAUACACGAAUUAAAGAUCUUCAAGAAAUAAACGCCCAAUUGAAGCAAGAUUUAGGAUUAAAAUCAUCAGUCGACGAAAACUACGCAGAGCUUGCUGCCGAAAUCGAUCAAUGGCAAGAAAAACUACAAAAUCUUGAAAAAGAAUAUAAAGAAAUGACAUUACAUUUCGAUGACCGAGAGCAGCGGCUAAGAAUUAUUGCGGACAGUAAGGCAUCGGAAUGCGAUUCAAUCAAGAAAGAACAAGACAAACAGACAGAAGAUUGUAAAUCCCAACUUAAAACCCUGAAAAAGGAACUUUCUACACUAAAAUCACACGGACAUGUCGAAGAAACAGUUACACUUGAUAUUGAUCACAUAAUUGCAGAAAAUGACCAAUUACAAUCAAGAUAUAACGAACUUUGCAAGAGAGGUGAAGAAUUAAGUGCAAUUGUGAACAAACACCAGACAGAUUGUGCGUUUUUGGCUAAUUGGCUUCGUUCUGAAGGAAGAUCUCACGUACAACCUGAAGUUUCGUUUAGACAGCUUCAACAGUUGUUGGAAAAACGUGAAGCAGAACUUAGGAAUGCUAAGCAUUGA